UCAACAUCUUGAUAGUAAAAAGGCAACAAUAACAACAACCAAGAACACACACAGAAUUUUGAUUUUUUUCUGAUCUUCAAAAGCAAAAUCAAAAUUCCAUCACAUGGUGGUGGUAGCAGUCGAACGUUUUCGACCAAAGGAAAAAAAUCGUUCGAUUUCGAUUUUUGGCCGACAUCCAAAUUCUUUUUCUUUUUUGUUUGUUUCUUGCAUUGAUUGAUUUCAUCAUUGAUCGAUCAUCAUUAUUCAAAAUCAAUUCAAUCCGAAUUUUUUUAUUGAUUGAUCUUGAAUCGAGACAAACCAAACAAACAAGCCGAAUGCCGCCCAUCAAAUUAUUGUAUUUUUGAAAAAGAAGAAAACAAUUUUCAAUUUGACCAUCAUGAAAUUGGAUCCAAUCAAUUCAAAUUAUAAUAGUAAUAAUCAUACUCAUCAUCAUCAUGAAUCGAAUGAUGAUCGUGAGCAACGUGCACGUAAUGAACGUUUAGCAUUGAUUCAAUUGGAAAAAGCUAAGACAAAACCGGUUGCAUUUGCUGUACGUACUAAUGUUUCAUAUGAUGGUAGUGUUGAUGAUGAUUCACCAAUACAUGGUUAUGCAAUUUCAUUUGGUAUCAAAGAUUUUCUUCAUAUCAAAGAGAAAUACAACAAUGAUUGGUGGAUUGGCCGUUUGGUUAAAGAAAAUUGUGAUAUUGGUUUUAUACCAAGUCCGGCUAAAUUAGAAGGUCUUCGUACACAACAACAAAAUCAGAUUCAAACCAAAAUUCGAUCAUCAUCCAAAUUACAGAAUCAUCACGGUCAAAAUUUCGUCAAUUCCAUGAUCAAUUCGAAUUCACAUUCAAAAUCAAAUCUAAGUGAUUCUAAUGCAUCUAAUUCGGAAAAUCCUGAUGAUAAUGAUAUCCAAUUGAAACAUUUAAAAUCAUCAGUAUCCACACCAACCAUUAAAGAGCGACGAAAAAUUUUAUUCAAAAAGUCUGAACAUACGGCACCAUAUGAUGUUGUACCGUCAAUGCGACCAGUUGUUUUAGUUGGACCCUCAUUAAAAGGUUAUGAAGUAACCGAUAUGAUGCAAAAAGCAUUAUUCGAUUUUCUAAAACAUCGUUUUGAAUCGCGUAUUAUUAUAACACGUGUUAUGAUCGAUAUAUCGAUGGCAAAACGUUCAGCAAAUAAUGCUAAGAAAAAUUUAUUAGAAUAUGGGAAAAUGGAAAAUCGUGCCAGUCUUGCUCAAGUACAAGCCGAAAUCGAGCGAAUCUUUGAAUUAGCACGAACAAUGCAAUUGGUUGUUCUGGAUUGUGAUACCAUUAAUGAUCCAACACGUUUGGCCAAAACUCCGUUGGCGCCAAUUUUUGUCUAUAUAAAAGUAUCAUCACCAAAAGUUUUACAACGUCUAAUCAAAUCACGUGGCAAAGGUCAAAGCAAAAAUUUAAACGUACAAAUGAUUGCAGCCGAAAAAUUAGCACAAUGUCCAAAGGAAAUGUUCGAUGUAAUAUUGGAUGAAAAUCAUCUUGAAGAUGCUUGUCAACAUUUAGCCGAAUAUUUGGAGCAAUAUUGGCGAGAAACACAUCCAAUAUUCGAAACGCAAUUAAUAAUGAAUAAUUCUACAAUAUUGUCUUCACCAUCACCACCGACAAUAUUUUCCCCAACAUCAAUAUCAACCUAUGAUCCAAAUAAUUACAUGUCAUAUCCAUUAAAUUUUAGUGCAUAUGCUCCAUCAGUUGAUCCCAUGGAUGUUAAUUAUGCAAUGGAGUCUCAAACACCCCAGCCAGCAUCACAACAACAACCAUCAUUAUUAUCAUCAUCCAAUCUAUUUUCACAAUCAUCAACAACAACAUCGCCAACAACAAACGAGGAUUCAGCAUCAUAUUUUCAUGAUUCAAGACUUUCCAAUUAUUCGACAAUUACAAAUAAUAAUAAUAACAACAUUAAUAAUAAUCAUAUUACAACCAAUCUACAACAAUCAACACACCAUCCAAAUGCGUGGAUUAUUACCCAGCAACAACAGCAUAAUUAUAUGGAUACACAGAAUAAUAACAUUCAUCAUCAUCAUCAUCAAACAUCAUCAUCAUCAUCGACAUCCCCACAACCUCCGCCAUUACAACCACCAAUUUAUAUUGGUGAUAAACAUAGUUAAAUCAACUGAAAAAUCAUUUUUCCUGUGUCAUUUAUUGAUUUUUUUGUUGUUUUUCGAUGAUGUGUGUUUUGUGUGUGCUGAUUUUUCCCAUGUUACAUGGGAAAAUUGACAUAAUUUUUGUUUGUUUGUUUGGUCCAAAAAUUUUCCGGAUUCUUUUUCUUCCC